AUUCGCGAACGAUGAGCGCAUGAUUUCUUGACCAUCAAAGUGACUUGAAGCUUCGAAGGCAACAUAACUAUUUACAUGCAUCUCACGCUGCUUCACUGUCUCCUGUGCCUUGCAACUCUGUUCAGUAUCGUGAUCGGCUCAACUCACAAUCAGUUCCAUUUCAAAGAAAUGUCGCGAUCAUUGAACGGCAUGUAGAAUGCAUCUCCAGAAGGCCUGCUCGACAAGCACUUACAAGAUGCAGUUCUCUCCAAGCCAUUGGCUAUCCACUCUACCAGUCCUAUGACUGGCUAUCUCAGGAAUGGAUACUGCGAGGUUCCUGCGUCAGAUGCUGGCAACCACGCCAUCGCUGCAGAGGUCUCUGACGAAUUCCUCAAGUUCUCAGCAGAGCGCGGAAACGACUUGCGCCAAAUCGGACUCAAGGGAGGCUGCAAGUGGUGUCUUUGUGUAUCACGUUGGAAGGAAGCUUUCGACGCCAGAGGCAAGGAAGGUGAUAAGAUUGUUCCCAAGUAUGUCAAAAACAGGCUGGACCAAGAUUGCAUGAAUACUAAUCGCGGCCAUGCCAGGAUCUUUUUGAACGCUACCAACGAAAAGGCCCUCGACAAGGUAUCGCUAGACGACCUCAAGAAGUUUGCCGUUGACAAAGAGUAAGCGCACUUGCGCAGGCGAAAUGAGAUGAUGACCAAGAA